UCCCCCCCCCCCCCUCGCGGGGUUUCUGCGCUGCGAAAGAAAAUGGCGGCGGCGGCGGCGGCGGCGGCGGCGGGAGGAGAAGAGCGGCUAGAGGAGCAGCCGGCCGAGGGGCUGAAGGAGCGCCCCCCAAAGGCCAAGAAAGGCCGCAAGGAACGCCGUGACGACCCGGAACCGGAAGCGGAACCGGAACCGUCGGGAGCCGAGCCGGCGGAGGCGGGAAAAGCGGACGGCUCCGGGGGCAGCGCGGCGGCCCCGGCCGCGCCGGAAGCCUCGGCCUCCCCCAAACAGCGGCGCUCCAUCAUCCGCGACCGCGGCCCGAUGUACGACGACCCCACGCUGCCCGAGGGUUGGACCAGGAAGCUGAAGCAGCGCAAAUCCGGCCGCUCCGCCGGGAAGUACGACGUGUAUCUCAUCAAGUGAGCCAGCGGCCGGCGCCGCGGGG